AUGGUCAAUUACGAUUUCAUCGAUAUGACUCUGGCUGCAAAGAGAAAGGUCCAAUGCAGAACACAAAACAAACACUUCGAUUCGUCAGCAGAAGAUUGUGAGAAUUCGCCUUUCAAAUACUUGUACCCUCAACACAUCUCCAAGAAUAGAAAGAUACAAAAGUCCAUGAAGAACAAUAAGAGGUUCCUAAGUAAUUACUUUGUCUUUGACAAGACAGAGUGGGGAAAAUUGUCAUGGGAAAUUCAAGAUGGAAGUGCUCAACCAUCAUCCGUUCCACCAGACGAGAGAAGUAGUGAAAGUCAAAGCUUUACAAGACAGUAA